UGAAUUGUGCUGUCCAAAGCACAGCUGUGGCUACAAGUUGUGCACGCCAGGACAAUACCCUAACGAGCUGAUCAAAAGCUUCCUGGGCUUCCUCUUUGGGCUUGCUCUCUCUGUCGGCGUUUAUUUCUUCAUGUGCUUGCAGGUGACGUCAUGAACAUGUUCUUGUUUAGUAAGAGUUUUACGGCAUUUGCAACACAACAAGGUCAAAUAAUUGCCGAAGAU